AUGGAACCUAAAUUCCUGAUUUCUUCGCAUACAAAUUUGCCAUCAAUUGGCCCUUUACCGUUUUUUCUCUCAUAUAAAUCACCUUUACUUCGAAAAGACAAGUUUUUCUUGGAGAACCCUAGUUCAGCUUCCUCUGUAAAGUCAUCAUUUUUGGGUCAAAGGUUGGUUUUUGAGCAAAACAACGUAUCUUUGGGGAAUUUGAGGAGAACCCAUCUGUGUGUUCCUAUAAUAAGUGCGGGUGCUGUUAAGAGGAGGAAAGAGCUUCCUUUUGAUAAUGUAAUUCAAAAGGAUAAGAAGCUCAGGUUGGCUUUAAAAAUCAGGAAGAUUUUAGUGAGCCAGCCGAAUAGGAUUAUGGCCCUUCGCGAUUUGGGUAGGUGGAGAAAAGCGUUGGGCCUGCAGAAAAAGAGGCGAUUUAUUGCUUUGUUGAGGAAAUUUCCCUCUGUGUUUGAAAUUGUGGAAGAAGGGGUAUAUUCGCUUCGGUUUAAGUUAACUCCAGAAGCUGAGAGGCUUUAUCUCGAGGAAUUGAAGGUUAGGAAUGAAAUGGAGGAUUUGUUGGUUAUUAAGCUAAGGAAAUUGUUGAUGAUGUCAAUUGAGAAACGGAUUCUUUUGGAGAAGAUUGCCCAUUUGAAGACUGAUCUUGGACUUCCAUUGGAGUUUCGUGACACUAUUUGUCACCGAUACCCACAGUAUUUCAAGGUUGUUGUGACUGAACGAGGGCCAGCUUUGGAGUUGACUCAUUGGGACCCUGAGCUUGCUGUCUCUGCUUCAGAGCUUCAAGAAGAAGAGAAUAAGGAAAGAGAGAUGGAUGAUAGAGAUUUGAUUAUUGAUCGGCCCCCCAGGUUCAAUAGAGUGAAGCUACCAAAGGGGCUUAAUCUUUCGAAAGGCGAGAUGAGAAGGAUUUCUCAAUUUAGAGAUAUGCCUUAUAUAUCACCGUACUCUGAUUUUUCAGAAUUGAGGUCUGGUACUCUGGAGAAAGAAAAGCAUGCUUGCGGUGUUGUUCACGAGAUCUUGAGCCUCACUGUCGAGAAGAGAACACUUGUUGAUCAUUUAACCCAUUUUCGAGAGGAAUUCAGAUUUUCUCAACAGCUUAGGGGGAUGUUGAUAAGGCAUCCGGAUAUGUUUUAUGUUUCUCUGAAAGGGGAUAGGGAUUCUGUUUUCCUCCGUGAAGCAUAUCGUGAUUCUCAAUUGAUAGAAAAGGACAAGUUGUUGCUUAUUAAGGAGAAGCUCCGUGCACUUGUUAAUGUUCCACGGUUCCCGAGGAGAAAUGUUCCAAAUACUGAUUCAGAUGCCGCAGCAGACACGGAGGCAGAUGACAGAACUGGUGAAGACGAUGAAGAUGAUUGGUCAGACAUUGAUAAUUUAGGAAGCGAUGGAUUUGACGAUGAUGAAGAAGAUUACGACGACGAUUGGAGCGAUGAAGAAGAUGAUAUGCCCCCAGACUUCAGCGAUGAUGAUGCGACUGUGGAUUUAGAAUUGAGCAAACCAGAGAAACAAGUGAAUGGCUCAAAUACAAGCAAUGAGAAGGUUCUUGAUCCUGUGUUUCCCGAUGGCAGGCCAAGAGAACGCUGGUGA